UCUCGCGCGAACCGCCAAAUCUGCCUCAGCGAUGAGUGUCUCCGGUCGGCCGCCGGCCUCAAGCAGACCAUGAACCUAAACGUUGAUCCAUGCGAUGACUUUUACGAGUACGUCUGCGGCAACUGGGCCGAGGAUCGAACCGAGCGGGACGACGGAAACGGCUGGAUGCAGGAGCGUCAGCUGAAGAUCUAUCGCAACAUUCGGGCCCACCUGGAGCGGGACGCCAAGCGGUUCGACCCGAAGCCGGUGGCCCAGGCGAAGGUCAUGUACCGGUCCUGUUUGGGUUCUGCGGGUCAACGAAAAGCGGAAGCUGUUCAAGAAAUUGUACAGAAUCUUAGGGAAUUUGGUCUUCCAACAAUUCCAAGUUUUUUGAACCAGGGUGAAUCUACUAAAUUUGAUUGGGUUGUCAGCUUAGCUAGGAUUCAACGAAAACUAGGUUUGGAUUUACUGAUUGGUUUUGAAGUUAUGACCGAUUACAGAGAUAGCAAUCAAUCCCGAAUUAGGCUUGACUAUCAGAAGCCAUCAAAUCCCCUUGGAGGAAUGUAAGUAACAUGAAAUUGUUAUUGAAAGUUUCUCAAAAU